AUGACGACUUUAGGUCCCAAGAAAGAUGGGGGUCCGAAUGUGGAAUUCUUUCAAGCACCGGAAAGCUUGUCUCAGUUUGAUCAAAUCCGUGUGUGGUUGCAGAAGAACUGCAAAAAGCAUGUACAAACCGAACCACCAACUAAAGAGGGUUUGGCCCAGUUGGUCAUCCAAUUGCUACAAUAUCAAGAGAAUAAAUUAGGAAAGAAUGCAACAGAUCCACCCUUUUUGAGGAUUCCGGGCGAUAGAAUUGAUAAGGAGUGCAGCUAG